AUGCCUGCCUCAUCUUCCCUGUCGCUGGCUUCGGCUUUCUUCGUGGCUCUGGCAGCCAGCUCCCCUCUCCGCCGAUCCCUUGAAACACGCAGCGUCUGGCAACCUGCUGCCGGCACCUCGUGGGACAUCCAGCUCUCCGAGGAGCUCAAGGUCGACCUCAACAACCCCACGCUGCCCAACAACGUCGAGGUCAUCGACAUCGACCUCUUCACCAACACGGGCAACAGCUUCAUCAGCCCCGAUGACUCCAAGAUCAAGGCCCUGCACGCCGCCAACAAGAAGGUCAUCUGCUACUUCAGCGCCGGCUCCUACGAGCCCUACCGCCCUGACAGCAGCCGGUUCACCUCCGCUGACCAGGGUUCCGGCCUCGAUGGCUGGCCCGACGAGACUUGGCUGAACCUCAAGAGUGAGAAUGUGGCCAACAUCAUGCGCGACCGUAUUGCUCUGGCAGCAAAGGUCGGCUGCGACGGUGUCGACCCUGACAACAUGGAUGGCUAUGACAACGAGAACGGCAUCGGUCUUACCAAGCAGGACACCAUCGACUACUUCAAGAACGUCCUUGCCCCCGCUGCCCAGCAGCACGGCCUGGCCCUCGGUCUCAAGAACUCCAUCAACAUCAUCCCCGACGUCCUCCCCAUCACCCAGUUCGUCGUCACCGAGCAGUGCGCCGAGUACAGCGAGUGCGACCAGUACCAGCCCUACAUCACCGCCGGCAAGCCCGUCUUCCAGAUCGAGUACCCCCUGGGCGACAGCAGCUCCGCCGCCAAGUCCCUCGCCGCCGACAGCACCAGCACCUUCUGCGCCGCCCAGGCCAACGGCUUCAGCACCGUCCUGAAGCUGCUGAGCCUGAACAGCUGGGUCCAGACGUGCGGCGGCGAGGUCACGGUCCCUGCUACCACCACCGCCCCGGCUCCCUCCGCCACCACCACUGCCGUCAGCCAAACCUCUCAGGCUCCCACCACCACAACCAAGGAGGCUGCCGUCCCUACCACCACCACUUCCACCGCUGCUUCCGCUACUGCCACCUCCGACUCCGGCAGUGAUGAUGACGAGGAGGAUGACUCCGGCAGCGACAGCGGCCGUGGCAAGGGCAAGGGCCGAGGUGGCCGCCGCAACCGCAAGACCUACAGCCGCCAGUAG